AUGGGUAUUGGGUUGCCAGGCAACAUUGCUAACCGAAUUCUUCGACGAUCCGGUUCUGGUGGCUUAAGCAAAUCGUCGUCAUCAUCGUCGUCGUCGAGGUUUCCAGAUGUUCCCAAGGGUCACUUGGCAGUUUAUGUGGGAGAAUCACAGAGGAAGCGGUUUGUAGUACCAGUGUCGUAUUUGAGCCAACCUUCGUUUCAAGAUCUGUUGAGUAUGGCUGAAGAGGAGUUUGGUUUUGACCAUCCAAUGGGCGGCUUGACAAUUCCAUGCCGGGAAGAAACUUUCAUUUCAGUGACUUCGAACCUGAGUUGA